GGCACGUGAGUUCGAACAUCCAGGGUCAGGGAUAGGAAAGUGAGAUUAACACAAACCCGAAUGCAUAAACAGACACAGCAGUACAGCACUCACCUCGCCGGAGUACGGAACCAUCAACUGUCUUGCUCAAUUAAAGGCUCAAACUCAUCAACCCCUCAAAUUCUCUUGCCAAUUUUUCGUUUAAAAAUUGGACACAAGUUGCAGCUUCAUUCUCUCCAUUUUUACAGAUUAAUAUUUCCGCUGUAAAUUGACAUGGCUGAGAUUAUCGAUAAUAAUUACAAUGUCGAAGCUGCUGAGAUUUUGGCUAAUGAGGCAUCGCAUCUGCCAAUCACUGAAGCAGCUCCUAUAUAUGAACAACUUCUGGCCAUAUACCCUACUGCUGCAAAAUUUUGGAAGCAGUAUGUGGAGGUACAAAUGGCUGUUAAUAAUGAUGAUGCUACAAAACAAAUCUUUAGUCGUUGUUUGUUGAACUGCCUUCAAGUUCCUCUUUGGAGGUGCUACAUCCGUUUUAUUAAGAAGGUCAACGAGAAGAAGGGCUUUGAUGGUCAAGAAGAGACAAGGAAAGCCUUUGAUUUUAUGCUAAAUUAUGUGGGAGCUGAUAUUGCAUCUGGUCCUGUAUGGAUGGAGUACAUCAGCUUCUUGAAGUCCAUACCGGCACGUUCAGCACAGGACGAGACUCAGCGAAUGACUGCUGUUCGCAAGGCAUAUCAAAAAGCUAUUGUUACUCCAAAUCACCAUGUUGAACAACUAUGGAAGGAUUAUGAAAAUUUUGAAAAUUCUGUUAGCCGCGUGCUGGCUAAAGGGCUUAUAUCGGAGUAUCAACCAAAGUUUAACAGUGCGAGAGCUGUCUAUAGAGAGCGGAAGAAAUACGCUGAUGAAAUUGAUUGGAACAUGUUAGCCGUCCCGCCAACUGGUUCCUGCAAGGAAGAACAGCAAUGGAUGACAUGGAAAAAACUUUUGGCGUUUGAAAAAGGAAAUCCGCAAAGGAUUGACAGCGCAUCUUCUAAUAAGAGAAUUGUCUUUGCCUAUGAACAGUGUCUGAUGUAUUUAUAUCAUUAUCCUGAUGUAUGGUAUGACUAUGCUACAUGGCAUGCAAAAAGUGGUUCUGUAGAUUCUGCUGUCAAAGUUUAUCAGAGAGCUUUGAAGGCUCUUCCAGAUUCUGAGAUGCUGAAGUAUGCUUAUGCUGAACUGGAGGAAUCCCGUGGAGCAGUCCAGCUUGCAAAGAAGAUUUAUGAGAGCCUGUUGGGUGAUGGCGUGAAUGCAACAGCACUUUCACAUAUACAAUUUAUUAGGUUCCUUAGAAGAACUGAAGGAGUGGAAGCUGCCCGCAAAUACUUUCUGGAUGUUCGCAAAUCACCACAUUGCACUUAUCAUGUUUAUGUUGCAUAUGCUAUGAUGGCUUUUUGUCUUGACAAGGAUCCUAAGGUUGCUCAUAAUAUUUUUGAAGCAGGAUUAAAACGUUUCAUGCAUGAGCCUGGAUACAUCCUUGAAUAUGCAGAUUUUUUGUCACGUUUAAAUGAUGAUCGAAACAUCAGAGCUUUGUUCGAACGUGCACUCAACUCGCUUCCACCCGAAGAAUCUGUUGAGGUUUGGAAGCAGUUUGCGCAAUUUGAGCAAACAUAUGGAGACCUUGCUAGCAUGCUGAAGGUUGAGCAAAGAAGGAAAGAGGCACUUUCCAGGACAAGUGAUGAUGGAGGUGUAGCACAAGAGGGUUCACUACAGGAAGUAAUUUCACGAUACAGUUUCAUGGAUCUUUGGCCAUGUUCAUCCAAGGAUCUGGAUCAUCUAGCACGGCAAGCGUGGCUUGCUAAUAACAUGAACACAAAAGUGGAAAAGACUAGCGUACCAAAUGGAGCAGGUUCCAUAGUUGAAGAGAAGAGUACUUCAGGAGUUACCACAAUGUUGGAACAAUCCUCAAAAGUGGUUAAUCCAGAUCUUACUCAGAUGGUGACAUAUGAACCGGGGCAGAAAUUAGGGUCUACAGUUCCUCCUAGCGGAAUGGCAGGUGGUUUUCCUGCUGCCGCUACUACCAUGUCAACAUUUGAUGGGAUUUUGAAAGCAGCUCCUCCUGCACUUGUAGCUUUUUUAGCAAAUCUUCCUGCCGUAGAAGGUCCAGCACCAGAUGUAGAUUUUGUGCUGUCCAUAUGUCUGCAAAGCAACCCUGUGACAGGGCAUGCGUCGAAGCAUGUGCUCUCAGCAGCGCAAGUACCUGCAGGAGCAGUGUCUGGUAUGAGCGAGCCUUCUGGUUCACACAAAGCCCGCCCUGCUCCUAGUGGCUCAUCUGUGAGAAUGUCAAGAGAUAGACAAUCUGGAAAGAGGAAAGAUGCAGCGAGACAAGAAGAUGAUGAAACUGCAUCAGUGCAGAGCGUUCCCCUUCCUAAAGAUGCCUUCAGAAUACGCCAAUUGCAGAAAGCUCGUGGAGGAACGGUCUCACAAACGGGAUCAACAUCUUAUGGAAGUGCCUUUUCUGGAGAACAGUCUGGCAGCACUAGCUGAUAGCUCUAUAUUGCAAUUUUGUACAAUUAGCAUUUCUAACACAAGUUUUUUUUAUUGUACAUUAUUUAGGCUACCAUUAUAUCUAUUCUUGUCUGUAUAAUGUCAAAUAAUGUAAUGAUCCAAUAAUCUUUAAAAGCUCUAUUUCCAGUAGUUGCCCUCUUUGUUGUAAUAUUUUUCAGAAAUUGGAUGUUAAAUGUUUAAUUAUGAGAUUGAGCACCUAUUAGAUGAUGAUUCUGUUUUA